UUGAGACGCAGCGACGAGACCCGUGAGGAAGGAAGCAGCGGCCUCUCUCCAAGAUGGCGGCGACCAUAGACAACAGCAAUGCUGCUCUGGCCACGAAGAAAAAGCACCUCGGGAUCCCGGAGGCCGCGUUUGUGGAGGACGUGGACACUUUUAUGAAGCAGGCCGGCAACGACACGGCGGAUGCGGUGCUGAAGAGACUGGACGAGCAGUACCAGAAGUAUAAGUACAUGGAGCUCAACCUGUCCCAGAAGAAACAAAGGUUGAAAAACCAGAUCCCACAAAUCACAGAGACGCUAGAAAUCCUCCGACACAUGCAGAAGAAAAAGGAGACCACAGAUCCCAUGGAGACUCACUUCCUGUUGGCUGACAAUGUUUACUGCAAGGCCUCAGUGCCGCCCACCGACAAAGUCUGUCUAUGGUUAGGGGCUAACGUGAUGCUGGAGUACGACAUCGACGAGGCCCAGGCUCUCCUGGAGAAGAACCUCUCCACGGCCUCACGCAACCUGGAGCAGCUCGUGGAGGAUCUGGAUUUCCUGCGAGACCAGUUCACCACCAUCGAAGUCAACAUGGCACGAGUCUACAACUGGGACGUGAAGAGAAGGAGCAAAGAGAACCUCCUGAAAUCAGCUGACAAGUCUUAAUGUCCUCCUCCUCCUCCUCCUCUUCAGCUGAAUCACUUCUCUUUAGUCCGAACAAAAACAAAAACCGAGAAACAACGACUCCCCCCCGUCUCCCAAGAUCACGUUCACCCAGCACAUAGAGGACGGGUUCAAAACAUCAGCAAAAGUUGUGCGUCUCAUUUAACGCAGGUGCCGUACGUUAACCCGGGUAAAACCAAGUGCACGUCAUAAUUCUUUGUCUGGUUUUUAAACGUGUCCUCUAUCGUGUGAAACUAAAAACUUUCACCGCAGCUGUUUCCUCCUGAUUUGUUACUUUUUAAAAGUAUUUUUUCAAGUAAAAAUCUACCAUAAAAAGGCAACGACGCAAGUUUUUUGUAUUCUUUUUAAUGAUUUCACUGUGUUCCUGUCGUUGUUUGAGGGGCCCCUCACUUUGUCUUUCUCUCUCUACACACCUGUCACUCGUGGGUUUGUGUUUUUGGGGACUUUAACUUGACUUACUGUAAAAACACAGUUGCCAUUAUUCUCCAUAGGAUGAGGUUCUUUUUUUCACUUCAGGACUUAGGAGUUCACUGUUGUCCUUUGACCCCCCCCCCCCCACAGCUCUUCCGUUCUGUCUGUAUUUAUUUGUCUCCCUCUGUACCAUGUAACGCUGAAUGAAGUAAAAAGGAGAACACUUGGGCGAGGAGACGAGAACGUGACCUGGUGAUGUGUGUUGUUUGUCGUCUGAUCUCUAUAAACACAAUCUGCAUGUGAA